UGGCGCAGAACGGGGAGCACACGGAGAAGAAGAAGCUCAAGUGGUCGCUCUCCAAACAGGACCCGAUGCAGACGGUGGUGGAGGACCAGCUAUUGGCCAGCAAAAGGUCCAAACUGACGAGGCGGCGCUCCUCUGGCAACUUGGGCGACAUUGAGAAGAAACUUGAACAGAUCCGACAGAACGGGCAAAAUCGCCACACCCUUUCACAUGUGGAAGACAAGCUCUGUGAGAUGUUCCGGGCUAGCGACAAGUCGGGAAGAGUCAACGUCACCAAAUUCCUGGAGGCACUGGCACUGGCCGGCCUGCGGCAGACGGACCCGCGUCUGGUCGAAAUGAGACGCGCCAUCGCCAGCAUCCAGGCCAACUGCGCCAGCGACGUACGCUUCUGGGCCUCCGACGGACUCUGCUUCGAUGAGGACGUGUUUAAGGGUGUCAUCAUGGACAACAUUGACAUCAUCCACAAGGCAUUGACGGGUGAUCUCGUGAUUCCGCACUUCGAGAGUCUCUGCGAGCACCUCGAGGAGCUGUACGAACUCUGCGAGAAGGACGAUAGCGGAAAGGUGGCCUCCUACAUCCCGCAGCUGGAGCGCUUCGACCCGUCGCUCUGGGGCAUCUCGGUGUGCACCGUCGACGGGCAGCGGUACUCCAUCGGUGACGUCAGCGUGCCCUUCACCAUCCAGUCGACCAGCAAGCCCAUCAGCUACGCCAUCGCCUGCGCCGAGAAGGGACCCGAAUACGUGCACAGUUUCGUCGGUCAGGAGCCGAGCGGUCGCAGCUUCAACGAGCUGGUGCUGGACAACAGUCUGAAGCCGCACAACCCCAUGAUCAAUGCUGGCGCUAUCAUGACGUCAUCGCUGAUUAAGCCGACAAUGGCGAUCGCGGACCGGUUCGACUUCGUCUUCCAGACGUACCGCCGACUGACCGGCGGCGAGUACCUGGGCUUCAACAACGCCGUGUACCUGUCGGAGCGGCAGGCCGCCGACAGAAACUUCGCACUGGCCUACUUCAUGCGCGAGAACAAGUGCUUCCCGCACGUCCAGGAUCUCGGCGAGACGCUGGACUUCUACUUCCAGAUGUGCUCGCUGGAGGCCACGUGUGAGUCGGCAUCGGUGAUCGCCGGCACCCUGGCCAACGGCGGCAUCUGCCCCAUCACCGGCGAGGCCGUGCUGGAGCCUUCAGCCGUCCGCAACACCCUCUGUCUCAUGCACAGCUGCGGCAUGUACGACUACAGCGGACAGUUCGCCUUCAAGUGUGGUCUGCCAGCCAAGUCGGGCGUGUCGGGCGUGAUCCUGCUGGUGAUCCCGAACGUGAUGGGUCUCGCCCUCUACUCGCCCGCCCUGGACCGCUGCGGAAACUCGGUGCGCGGCGUCAAGCUCUGCAAGGAGCUCGUGUACCGCUUCAACUUCCACCACUUCGACAACGUCUCGGCGAGCGGCGAGAAGAUCGAUCCGCGCAAGACAAGCAACGAGAAGCGGGCUGAUAUGGUACACCGCCUGCUGUUCGCCGCCGCCGCCGGCGACCUCACCGCCAUCAAGCGCUACAGCCUGAUGGAGAUGCACCUGGAGGCGGCCGACUACGACGGACGGACGGCGCUCCACCUGGCGGCCGCCGAGGGACAUGUUCACAUCGUCAGAUUCCUCCUGCAAAAAUGCAGCGUUCUGGUCGACGCCAAGGACCGCUGGGGCAGCGCUCCGGUCGACGAUGCUCAACUUGCUGGUCAUGAAGAUAUCACCAAGCUGCUGCUGAAGCACUACGUAGAGAGCGGCAUCACCAUCCCCGACUCGUUCCAGCCCGGCGAGGUGAAGCUCAACAACCUUAACAGCAAGAUGAAAGACACCGUCAUCACCGAGAAGCCCAAGAAGCAGGGCACGAAGGAGCGUAACUCGAGCGACGAGAACGCGCCGGUCGUGAAGUAGGUGACGACGGCGGUGGGGAGGUCGGUGAAGUAGGUGACGACGGCAGUGGGGAGGUCGGCGAAGUAGGUGACGACGGCAGUGGGGAGGUCGGUGAAGAAUGAGCAGGCGAAGAUGAAAAGACCGCUUAAGUUGCGGGACGCAAUGCCGAAGAUAUGGCCACAGUUGUGGGAGAUGAUGUCGAAGAGCGCGAUGAAUCAGUGGAGAUAGAGCUCUUCUUAAUAGUGGAGCACGGAUCUUGUGGAGCCUUGCCAGGACCCUGCGUGCUCUGUUGGAAGUAUGGCAACGCCUCACCAUUGGAUGCACCGCUUGCCUUUGAUGACUCUAGGAGAUAUCCACACAACUGUCGGCGAUGCUGUUCACAGGACGCCGAAGGUGUCAUUGUCUGGUGAAUACUUUACAGCGUUUAGACGGCUGCUCCCGGUGGUGGUGGGACAAUAUGGCGGAAACGGCAGACGGAGGUAGCGUCGUUAGGAACACCAGCGGAUACAUGAUGUAGCUGUGCAUGAUACAGAGCUCUGAGGUCACUGAAGGUGCGAGAUGCGUUGAGAGACGUCACGUCAAACGUCAACCAUUGGAAACGUCACGGCUCAACUCCGAUGAACAGGUUCGACGAACAGAAUGAACAGGGCGAAAGAAGACCAUUCAUGCUUAAGAGUGCAUUCCUGACAAAUGAUUCACACCGGCAGAGAAUGCACCAACUUCACUGGUCGAGUAAUGCACAGGCAUAGUAAAUGAUAAAAUUCUGUGUGUGAUGAAUGCACUUUCAUUUCGAGAGAUUAUUUUAGAAACAGGAUGGCUAACGAAGCCUAUUGCUCAGGGAAACUGUUAACCUAUGGGAGAUAGGUUCUUGAAGACAGCGGUUUUGCAGAAGACUGUCGCAAUAAAUGUGUUACAAGCCAUGAAUGGCAUGCAAUCAUGCACCGAUAGGUGUGAUGUUACCCGGCUUAAUUGCUUUUUCCAGUCGCAUCCGUCCAUAAAAAUUCAGUAACCUGUCCUUAAAUGGGACUGCCUGAAAAAGGAAGCAUUUGCAGAAUGUUACAAUCGAUUCGUCAAGCGAGACAACCUUUGCUUCACUACCCAGAGAGAGUGUUCUAAGCAGCCUAUCAUCUUUUGCCUCUGAUUGAGCUACUACCACAUGCACCAAUAGGUGUGAUGUUACGAGGCUUAAUUGCUUUUUCCAGUCGCACCCGUGUCUAAAAAUCCAGUAACUUGUCCUCAAAUGGAAGUGCCUGAAAAAGAAGGCAUUUUCAGAAUGUUACAGUGGAUUCGUCCAGCGAGAUAACCUUUGCUUGACACCAGGAGAGAGUGUUCUAAGCAGCCUAUCAUCCUUUGCCUCUGAUUGAGUUAUUACCACUUGUUUUUAAGGAAUAUAACUAUCUGAGGAAUUUAGCAGUACCCAGUUUUAUUAUAUCUGGCUAAAGAGGGGCUUUCGAAGUCAGGUGGGCGCUAAUACUUGGGAUCAGAAGGUUGAGGCAGCUAGGGCGACGUGUAGCUUAUGAAAGCAAGCGUUGAAAUGGAAAUUGAUCCCCUAGACUAGAAUAACGUCUACGACGCCUACCGCCUAAGCCCCGCCGUGAGAUGAUUGAAAUAUUUUCAGUAUGGUUAUUGAAAUACACAUUUUUAGUGAGUCUUCAUACUGCUUACGAUAUACACAUACACACACCAUCGGCGCAACGGGGAGUCUUCGUUAGCAGUUUUGUGACACGUACACUGCAUGAUACGAAGUCAUCAAAUUGAGUUCUGGAAAAAAGUGUAAGCUUUGUUGAUAUUACACGAAUCACGCACUGCGCGUUUUGGAUAGGGAUUAUUUUAGGGCUUAAGUGUCGGGCCGUUGCUACUUGACUGGACAUCAGUCUGUGUGCACACCUCACAGUUCAUAAAGUGCAGACCCUGCCGGAGCACCCUACCUCUAUUGAAAUAAAAGAACACGCGCUU